GAGGUGCUGAAGGGACAGUUCCCGCCGCGGCCCUUCAGCCCGCGGGUGGGGCGGCCCGGGAGGCGGCGGGGCACGUGAGCGAUGGAGACCAUCUGGAUCUACCAGUUCCGCCUCAUCGUGAUCGGGGACUCCACCGUGGGCAAGUCGUGCCUCCUGCACCGCUUCACCCAGGGCCGCUUCCCGGGGCUGCGCUCCCCCGCCUGCGACCCCACCGUCGGCGUGGACUUCUUCUCCCGCCUGCUGGAGAUCGAGCCCGGCAAGAGGAUCAAGCUGCAGCUCUGGGACGCGGCGGGACAGGAGCGGUUCAGAUCCAUAACUCGAUCUUAUUACCGCAACUCAGUUGGUGGAUUCUUAGUGUUUGACAUUACUAACCGACGAUCUUUUGAGCAUGUGAAAGAUUGGCUAGAGGAAGCAAAAAUGUAUGUGCAGCCGUUCCGGAUUGUGUUUCUGCUGGUGGGACACAAGUGUGAUUUAGCUUCACAGCGUCAAGUUACCAGGGAAGAGGCGGAAAGACUGUCAGCAGACUGUGGCAUGAAGUACAUAGAAACCUCAGCCAAAGAUGCCACAAAUGUCGAAGAAUCCUUCACAAUCUUGACAAGAGACAUCUACGAACUCAUUAAAAAGGGAGAGAUCUGUAUUCAGGAUGGCUGGGAAGGGGUUAAAAGUGGUUUUGUUCCGAAUACUGUGCAUUCUUCCGAGGAAGCCGUGAAGCCCAGGAAAGAGUGCUUCUGCUGACAUCAGACGUGCCAAAGAACUACGGCAAGCAGACCGGGUGUCAUUUCAGGAUGAAUACCCACAUUAACAGCCGAAUGUUGCCAUGAAAGCGUUCAACAAGAGUAGAAACCCACACUAACACUGUUUUGUAAUGUAUUUGAUCAGAGCACUAUGCUUACUUGUUACACUACCAGGUUGGGUAUUUUGCUAAAUUAUCAGGCAAAACACAAUUUUUUCUUGAAACUGGAGUAUCCCCUUAAUUACCUCCAUGCCCACUUUGUUGGCAUACAGCUGACCUUAGUGUCCAGAUAUGUCAGUAGUACUCAUUUUUCUUGACAGUUCGAAAAAAGUUUUUCUGGUACAAUAAUCUAAUUGAAAAGAUUGUAUCAGGAAUUAAUUCUCCCGAAUUAAUUAAUUAAUAUUGAAUAGUAAAAUGCAUUUAAAAGGACACUAUUUACUUACAAAGUAAACAAUCUCAGAAGUGUCAACUAGGACUUACAUAAGCAGUGUCUUGUUUAAGGUACCAGGUGUUCUUUUACCAUUCUCUGAAAUGUUUUUCCCCCCUUAAUUUUGCCUGAGCAUAAGAAAAUAAGUUUUAUAUUCAUUUUUGUUCAUUUAAUUAUUGCUCCUAAAAUUUUUGUUUUACCAGGAUAUCUAAGGAUCCAAGCAAAAUAUUUUAUAUAAAAAUAAAAACAGAGGGCCACUCAGCA